ACACCGACCGCGCCUGCCCGCCCAAACAUACAAAUACCGCCACUGCCUCCGAGCACCGAGUCCCUUUCUCUCCUUCGCCAUGACUACCUCCCAAGCCCAAGACGAAUUCAACGGGCUGUUCCGAGAAAAGGACCUAGAUAAGAGACACCCCGAGGACGCUGCCCACGACUCCGACCUCUCCGACCACGACGCUCAAGACACCGACUUCUACCCCGAGAAGCCAGAUACCGACGACGAGCUCGACCUGCCCGCCGACAUGCGUUCCAACUACUACCUCCCGCAGAUCCGCUCCGAGGCCAACACUGGCCCCAAGGGCGUCAUCGCGGACGCACAUGCCUUCGAGCAGGCCAAGAAGCAGGCUCGCCGCUUCACAUGGCGGAAGACCACGCCGCCCAGCUCCUUCAACGUGACCACGUACCAGGACGAGAAGGCGUCGCCCGAGGAAGACUCCGAGGAGGGCUUCAUGAAGCGGUGGCGAGAGUCGAGACUGCGCGAGCUACAGAAUGCUGGCCAGCGGAUACGCUCGCGGACAACCAGCCCUAGCAAGCGGAUAUACGGAAACCUGCCGACGGUGGACGGUGAUGGCUUCCUCGACGCCAUUGAGCGAGUGCCGCGGGACACCGUGGUCGUCGUCUUCAUCUUCGACCAUAUGUCUGAUAUUUCAACCAUGGUCGAGGACUGCGUCCGCCAGCUUGCAAAGAAGCACAACACGACACGCUUCGUAAAGCUGCACUACGAAGAUGCUGAAAUGGAAGUCGCAGGCGUGCCUGCUAUACUCGCAUACCGAGGCGGUGACAAGUUUGCCGGCCUCGUCCCUCUGAUGGAGGAGCUUCCCGACGACUCGGAACUAAGUCCAAUCAGCUUGGAAGUGUGCUUAAGGCGACACCAGAUUCUAUUUUAAACAUGUUGCUCACACAGCACCUCCGCCCCACGGUGCAUUCCAUUACGUCCCUUGUGAAUUUUGUUUCUCCCGCAUGUUUACUUUUGAUCCUUGAU